AUGGAGAUCCCAGAUUCAAAUGACCCUUUAGGUCAAGUGGAUGGACAUGACAGACCAAUUCCAACACCUAAAGGUUAUUUUCUGACCUUUUUGGAACCAGUAAACAAUAUCACCAUAGUCCAGGGCCAUACAGCAAUUCUUCACUGCAAGGUAGCAGGAAAUCCACCCCCCAAUGUCAGAUGGUUAAAAAAUGAUGCACCGGUGGUUCAAGAACCAAGAAGGAUCACCAUAAGAAAAACAGAUUAUGGUUCCCGGUUACGAAUCCAGGAUCUUGACACCACUGACACUGGGUACUAUCAGUGUGUGGCAACUAAUGGAAUGAAGACAAUAACUGCAACAGGAGUUCUUUUUGUAAGGCUUGGUCCAACAAACAGUCCAAAUCACAACUUUCAGGAAGAUUACCAGGAAGAUGGGUUCUGUCAGCCUUACAGAGGAAUUGCAUGUGCACGAAUCAUUGGAAACAGGACCAUUUAUGUUGACUCUCUCCAGAUGCAAGGAGAAAUUGAAAACCGAAUUACUGCUGCAUUUACCAUGAUCGGCACUUCCACCCAUUUAUCUGAUCAGUGCUCACAGUUCGCCAUCCCAUCAUUCUGCCACUUUGUAUUUCCAUUGUGUGAUGAGCGCUCUCGGACCCCUAAACCAAGGGAGCUGUGUCGGGAUGAAUGUGAAGUUUUGGAGAACGAUCUCUGUAGGCAGGAGUAUAACAUCGCGAGGUCGAAUCCCCGUAUUUUGAUGCAGCUCCAACUACCUAAGUGUGAGGACCUGCCACUACCGGAGACAAUAGAGGGUGCCAACUGUAUAAGAAUUGGGAUCCCUGUGGAAAGGCUCAACAGAUAUCAUCAGUGCUACAAUGGCUCAGGAGCAGAUUAUAGAGGGACUGUGGGUGUUACCAAAUCUGGCCACAACUGUCAAUAUUGGGACUCCCAGCAUCCUCAUAAACACGAUCUGACAAGUACACAGUUUCCAGAGCUAGGAGGUGGACAUGCAUAUUGCCGAAAUCCUGGAGGCCAACUGGAGGGUCCCUGGUGUUUUACACAAAAUAAAAACGUACGCAUGGAACUGUGUGAAGUACCUUCUUGUAGCCCACGUGACAACAGCAAAAUGGGGAUUCUCUACAUCCUGGUUCCCAGCAUAGCCAUUCCUUUGGUUAUCGCCUGCCUUUUCUUCUUGGUCUGUAUGUGUAGAAACAAACAAAAGGCAUCCGCUGCCACCCCACAACGUCGCCAACUGAUGGCCUCUCCUAGCCAGGACAUGGAAAUGCCACUUAUUAAUCAACACAAACAGGCAAAACUUAAGGAGAUCAACCUAUCUACUGUGCGGUUUAUGGAAGAACUAGGAGAAGAGCGGUUUGGAAAAGUCUACAAAGGUCAUCUCUUUGGUACAGCACCCGGUGAACCUACACAAGUUGUUGCCAUCAAAACACUGAAAGACAAAGCAGAAUUAUCUCUUCGGGAAGAAUUCAAACAUGAAGCAAUGAUGAGAUCACGACUGCAGCACCCAAACAUUGUUUGUUUGCUGGGAAUAGUGACAAAAGAACAACCCAUAAGCAUGAUUUUUAGUUAUUGUUCUCACAGUGAUCUUCAUGAGUUCUUAGUUAUGAGAUCACCUCAUUCAGAUGUUGGCAGCACUGAUGAUGACAAGACAGUCAAAUCAACUCUGGAGCCAGCAGAUUUUUUUCACAUUGUAACUCAAAUAGCACAGGAAAGGAAUACGGCAGGAUUGGAAUACUUGCCUAGCCACCAUGUUGUUCACAAGGACUUAGCCACUAGGAAUAUAUUGGUGUUUGAUAAACUUAAUGUGAAAAUAUCGGAUUUAGGCCUUUUCAGGGAAGUUUAUGCUGCUGAUUACUAUAAACUGAUGGGAAAUUCUCUUCUUCCUAUCCGUUGGAUGUCACCUGAGGCUAUCAUGUAUGGUAAAUUUUCUAUUGAUUCAGAUAUCUGGUCCUAUGGAGUUGUACUGUGGGAAAUUUUCAGCUAUGGCCUGCAGCCAUACUGUGGUUAUUCUAAUCAGGAUGUCAUUGAGAUGAUACGAAAUCGACAGGUUUUGCCAUGUCCUGAUGACUGCCCCACGUGGAUAUACACCUUGAUGUUAGAAUGUUGGAAUGAAUUCCCCAACAGAAGACCAAGAUUUAAAGACAUACACAAUAGACUAAGAACAUGGGGAAACCUUUCUAAUUACAACAGCUCAGCCCAAACCUCUGGGGCAAGCAACACUACGCAAACAAGUUCUCUCAGUACAAGCCCUGUUAGUAAUGUCAGCAAUGCUAGGUAUGUUGGACCAAAGCAGAAAACUCAAGCUUUCCCUCAGCCACAAUUCAUACCAAUGAAAGGGCAGAUGAGACCAAUGGUCCCACCUCCUCAGCUCUACAUUCCUGUAAAUGGUUACCAACCAAUGCCAGCCUAUGGAGCCUACUUGCCAAAUUUUUACCCUGUCCAGAUUCCAAUGCAAAUGGCUCCACAGCAGAUACCUCCACAGAUCAUUCCAAAACCAGGUUCCCAUCACAGUGGGAGUGGUUCCACAAGUACAGGCUAUGUAACAACAGCUCCCUCCAAUGCAUCUGUGGCAGAUAGGGCUGCUCUGCUUUCAGAGGGCACAGAUGAUACACAUAAUGGUGCAGAAGACAUAGCCCAAAAUCCUGUUCAGGAAGAAGAGGAAGAGGAGGGUUCUGUACCAGAAACAGAAUUAUUGGGUGAUAAUGACACUCUUCAGAUGGACGAAGCAGAGAUGCAAUCAGAAGCCUAAGGAAACUGACCUUAUUACUAAGAGUUUCAGAUCACUUCAGUGCAUGGAGACUGUUGUCUUUUUGAUUUAAGAUCAAUACUUUUGGUCUGACUUAAAAAAUAAACCACCAGUAUGAAAUGCAGCAGUAAUGAUAUACCAGGUUUAUUGAUCAUCAUUGCCAUCAGAUUUUUGCAAACAUGAUGGUAUAGAAUUGCUGUUUUUAAUCUUUUUAUUGACUACCAUUCUUGAGGGAAGCUGCUUUACUAUAACGUACUGUUGCUGUGCAACAUAUCGCAGAGUAGCAUUGCACAUCAUGUAUAUCAUGAUAUGUGAGUGUAAUUUUAGGGAAUUAUGCUUAAGUCAAUAACAGAAAAAGGAACCAAACUACCAUAACACACAGGAUUGAUCAGAACUUGAAGAAAGUGCCCUGGAUGUGAUGGACAGCUUAGCAUAUAGUAUUUAUCGCCUUGAUAGAAUGGACAAAGGAUUGUUGUUUGUGUUUUUUUAAAAAGAAAUCUGAAGAAAAUACAAAUUGAGAAUAUAGAUCCAUGUUUGUAUUAUAAUAGAUAAUUAGGGAAACUGGACAUAACAUGAGAAAAGAGAGAGGGGCAAUGUCUUUUUCCCACUGAAUGACUGUGGCAGGAACUUCCCAAUGAGAUCAGUUGACUCCACUUGUGAAUGAAAAGUUCCCUUUCUACUGCAUAUUUUUAGCAGCAUGUGGCCUUAAUACUUUGUUAACCAAAAGAAGAAACAUAGCUGGUCAUGCACCAAUUUAACAAUCCAACUAACUAUGUUGGUUGUCAGGUACAGAAAAAGGGCUCAAGGUACACAUUUCUACAUUGGAAAAGUGUUGUUUUUUGCAGGGUUAUAAUCUCACUUGAUUUUGGUGAGAUUACUGCAUAGAUUGCAUGUGAAACCAUGUUUGUUUCCUGCCUUUUUUUUUUUUUUUUUAGUGAAAAUGGAUCUUUGAAUUUUAGAAGACCAAAAUAAGCAGUAUUGUACAGAAUGUUAGUUUUGUGCUCCUUCCUGAAAGAUGAAUCAUGUACAGACAUUUAAAUGUAAUUUAUGUUUUAUUACAUUUUUAUAUCUCUUUUUCAUUGAAAUAUUUGGACCUUUGAACAAAUGAAUUUAUAAUUUAACCAUUUACAUUAUCCACUUUUGCUGCAGUUUUAAUGUAUUGUUGGUUCAUUUUGUAAAAUGUAUAAACAGGUCCCUACAUUUCAUGACUGUUUCUGAAAUACACACUCUCAUUGUAGCAUUGUUGUAGCCAGCACACACAAUAUAGUCAUAAAUAGUAAGUCAAACAUGUGGAGUAUGCAAUAAAGUGAUGCAGAACAUUUAAGUCAGUGAUCUUUACCAUUUCAACAGCAGUUAUUUUUGAUACAACAUUUUGUAAAAUGAAGUACACCAUGGAAGUGGAAAUGGCCAAAUUUCCUUAUUAUUACAGAUUUUGGACAUAAAUGACUACUUCACUCAUAUUUGGAUCCAUUUACAAGAUCUGCAUCCUUGUGACCUACAGUCAGUGGUACAGCAGCUUUUCUGGUUUCCAGAUUAUCCACCUGGAUUUGGAAAUGCGCUGGUAGGAAAACAAUGAAAAACCUUUAUUGAUUUCUUCACUAUAAGACAGCGUUGGGUGCUAUUAAUAAAUAAAAAAUA